AUGCAAUCACAGCAUAACCAAAGUCUUUUCAAAAAUUUUCUUCUUUCAUCCUCCAAGUAUCAUGAUCGCAUUGCUGAGAUUAUUUCGUCCUAUGGUCGCAGUAGUGGGUCAACGAGCUCCUCAACGAUCGGAAAUGACUCAUCAUCCUCCUCGUCCGAUACCACUAAUAAUACUGCUAGGCUAAUCAUCAAUAUGAAUGAUUUGAGAAGUUUCGAUCACAAGACGAGCACACUCGUUCAACAGGAACCACUCCGCUAUUUACUUGAUUUUGAACACGCUCUUCAUGAUUUUAUUUUAUCUAAUUUUCCUAAAUUUUUCGAAGAGUUUACCAAAGCAGUCAUUCAUUUAGGAUUUGAAGGAGAAUUGGGAGACAAUAAUCAUGUCACUCCGAGACAGCUAAUGGCCAACUAUUCCAACAAGCUACUUUGCCUGUCUGGUAUAGUUACAAAAUGCUCUUCUGUCAUUGAAAAGGUCAUCAAAGUCAUUUAUUAUUGUCCAGAAACAAACAAGUUCCAUCAAACUGAUUUCACUUCAGAUGCCAAUGCAGGAGCUGCCACUUCAAAUUUGCAAUUUCAAGACGCAAAUGGAAAUAUUCUGGAGACAGAAUUCGGUUUAUCGGAUUUCACCGAUACUCAAACAAUAUUCAUUCAAGAAGCUCCAGAAAAUGCACCACCUGGACAACUUCCUCGAUCUGUAGAAUGUAUUGUUGAAGAUGAUUUAGUAGAUCAGGUGAAACCUGGUGAUCGUGUCAUCAUGUAUGGUGUGUACAAAUCAUUACCGCCUACCAGUGGUGGUAAUGCUACAUUGUCAAGCAAAAUGAGAAUGGUAUUUAUUGUGAAUCACAUUGUAAAGAAAGAAUAUGAAGACUCAAAUGAGAAUGAAUUUUCACUAAAAGAAAUUGAAAAUAUUACCAAACUAUCUCUGAGGAAAGAUUUAUUUGAUGUUCUUUCUCGCGGCAUGGCUCCCACAAUAUUUGGCCAUGAUUUUAUUAAGAAGAGUUUAUUGUUACAAAUGUUAGGAGGAGUUGAGAAGAACUUUGCACAUUCGAAUACUCACUUGAGAGGUGACAUUAACAUUCUCAUGGUGGGUGAUCCGUCCACAGCAAAAUCACAAAUGCUUCGAUUCAUGUUAAACACAGUUCCACUCGCUAUUUCAACAACUGGUAGAGCUUCCACAGGAGUUGGUUUAACAGCUGCAGUUGUGGCUGAUAAGGACACUGGUGAGCGAUCUCUUCAAGCAGGUGCCAUGGUGUUGGCAGAUCGAGGAGUUGUAUGUGUCGAUGAAUUUGACAAGAUGUCUGAUCAAGACAGAAUAGCCAUGCAUGAAGUGAUGGAACAACAAACGGUUACCAUUCAAAAAGCAGGUGUUCAUGCCUCUCUGAAUGCUCGAUGUUCUGUUUUGGCAGCAGCGAACCCCAUUUAUGGACAUUACAAUAGAGAAGUGUCCAUUCAGAGAAAUAUUGGCUUACCAGAUUCUUUGCUCUCUCGUUUUGAUUUAAUAUUUAUUUUGCUUGAUGACCGUAAUGGAGAGAAGGAUAGAUUAAUUGGCAGUCAUGUUUUGAAUGUUCACAAGCAGCAACAAGCCCAAUAUCAUUCGGCAAAGGUUGGAAUUUCCACAGAGUCACAUUUGACAGAAUUGGAUGAGAUGAAUUCCUUCUUUGCUGAACUUGACAAGAUUCCACAUUCUGAUUCUUCAUAUACAGAGAAACAUCAACAUUUAAUUAUUCCUCUUUCAUUCCUUAAAAAGUAUGUCAAGUAUGCAAAGAGAAUGAAACCAAUACUCACCGAUGAAGCUCGAGAAUACAUUCACAACAAAUACUUGGAAUUGAGAACAAAUAAUGGACAAAAAACUUUGCCAAUUACUCCAAGAACUUUGGAAUCAUUUAUUCGUUUGGCAACAGCACAUGCCAAAAUGAGAUUAAGCCCAGAAAUUAAUAUUUGUGACGUUGAAGCAGCCUACAAAUUGAUGUACUAUUCGAUAUGGUUCCUUAACAAUACAAGCAGUUCGGAUGCUAUCCUUGCUCAAUUAACCAAUCAACAAGAUGUUGAAGAUAACCAGACGAAUGGAACAUCAGGUAGCAACAAGAGAAGGAAAAAGAAGAAUGCCACUGCGAGCUCACAAAACAAUCACGUUCGAGAACAGUCACAACCACAGCAAGACAGCAAUGACGAUGAUGCACAACAACGAAAAAGAACACGUGAGGACUUUGAAAAUGAAGAAGAAAUUGAAGAUUCAGAAGCUCUUGAAGUCAUUAAGAGAGCAAUUUAUCAACAUGCACACGAUACAAACUUUUCAAUCGAAGAAUUACACAUAAUUGUUUACAAUGAGAGCCAAAUACCAAAGAAACAAUUCCUAAGACUGUUGCAAGAAUUGGACAAGGAUUCGUUCUGUAUUAUUCAAGACAAUGAAGUGCUAUAUUCUGGAGUUUAA